UCUGCGCUGUUGCCCCACAAUGGCCGCCGCUGCAGCAGGAAUAAACAAGCAGGGCGCCGGAGCGACGAUGGAGCCGUGUAUCCGACAUGGGAGGGGAGCCAGUGGGAACACCGUUAAGGUGCUCGAGUGUGGCGUGUGCGAGGACGUCUUCUCCCUCCAAGGAGACAAAGUCCCUCGUCUUUUGCUCUGCGGCCACACGGUGUGUCACGACUGUCUCACCCGGUUGCCCCUCCACGGCAGGGCGGUGCGCUGCCCCUUCGACAGACAGGUCACUGAACUGGGAGACUCUGGAGUUUGGGGCUUAAAGAAGAACUUUGCUCUGCUUGAACUAUUGGAACGUCUUCAAAAUGGAGCAACCAACCAGUCGGGGAUGGCAGAGGACGCCCUGAAAGGCAUGGGAGAAUGUAUAAUCCGGUGUGAUGAGGACGAGAGCCACACCGCCUCCAUGUACUGCACCGUGUGUGCCACCCACCUGUGUGCCGAGUGCUCCCAGCUCACCCACUCCACCCGCACCCUGGCCAAGCACCGCCGGGUGCCGCUGGCCGACAAGCCUCACGAGAAGACCCUCUGCCCGCAGCACCAGGUCCACGCCAUCGAGUUCGUGUGUCUGGAGGAGGCCUGUCAGUCGGGCCCGCUCAUGUGCUGCGUGUGCAAGGAGUACGGCAAGCACCAGGGACAUAAGCAUGCUGUUCUUGAGACUGAAGCCAAUCAGAUCCGCGCGUCCAUCCUGGACAUGGCCCACUGCAUCCGCACCUUCACGGACGAGGUGUCCGAGUACUCCAGGAAGCUGGUGGGCAUCGUGCAGCAAAUAGAAGGCGGCGAGCAGAUUGUAGAGGACGGAGUCGGCAUGGCGCACACCGAACAUGUUCCCGGCACGGCAGAGAGCGCGCGCUCCUGUGUCCGGGCUUAUUUCGCCGACCUCCACGAGACUCUGUGCCGGCAGGAGGAGAUGGCGCUGAGCGUGGUGGACGCUCACGUCCGAGAGAGGCUGAUCUGGCUGAGGCAGCAGCAGGAGGACAUGACCAUCCUGCUGUCUCAGGUCUCCACCGCCUGCCUGCACUGUGAGAAAACGCUUCAGCAGGACGACUGCAGAGUGGUGCUGGCCAAGCAGGAGAUCAACUGUCUGCUGGAGACGCUUCAGAAGCAGCAGCAUCAGUUCACCGAGCUGGCAGAUCACAUUCAGCUGGAUGCUGGCAUCCCCGUCACCUUCACUAAGGACAACCGAGUCCACAUCGGUCCGAAGAUGGAGAUCCGCGUCGUGACUCUUGGGCUCGAUGGAGCCGGGAAGACCACGAUCCUCUUCAAGUUGAAACAAGACGAGUUCAUGCAGCCCAUCCCAACCAUUGGUUUCAAUGUGGAGACGGUCGAAUAUAAGAAUUUAAAAUUCACCAUUUGGGACGUGGGUGGAAAACAUAAGCUCAGACCUCUCUGGAAACACUAUUAUCUCAAUACUCAAGCGGUGGUGUUUGUGAUCGACAGCUGCCACAGGGACAGACUCAUGGAGGCCCACAGCGAGCUCGCCAAACUACUGACAGAAAAGGAACUGCGCGACGCCUUGCUGCUCAUAUUCGCAAACAAGCAGGACGUCCCGGGCGCCGUGUCCGUGGAGGAGAUGACGGAGCUGCUGAGCCUUCACAAGCUGUGCUGUGGGCGGAGCUGGCACAUUCAGGGCUGCGACGCCCGCAGCGGGAUGGGCCUCCACGAGGGGCUGGACUGGCUCUCCAGGCAGCUGGUGGCCGCCGGCGUCCUGGAUGUGGCCUAAGCUAAACGCGUCACGCCACAUGCAGACUCUCUCCCCCGCCGUCGUCCAGCCGAACCCGAACCCGAACCCCAGCCUCUGAGCCUGAAACCCUCUGAACAUGGACUGGCUGACUGAGAGCCACGGCUCACCAUCUUGGCUUGUUUGUGCACCAAAGUGAGCAAAGAAAACCGAGAUGUAAAACCCCGGGUUUCAGUCGGAUCGCUGCACGGACCCGGAAAACUUUCACUGAAUCAGAGUUUUUAAAGGUACAAUAUGUAAGGUUUGAGUGAAGCCUCUUCUGUGUGGCUGGAGAGUCGGCAUCUCAUCCUCUCUAUAGCUGAGUUUUAGCAAUUUCUGGUUAUAUUUCCAUUUCUUCUAUCAGUGUUGAACCGUUGUUAGAAUGCGUCUUUCUGCAAGAUGCUGCUCAUUAGGGUCAUUUAAAAUGGUGUGAACUUUCAGUUACACACAACUUUAUAUUGCACAAGAUGCAAACUUGGUUUCAAUGUAGCUACACUUGUCCGAUUAUAGAAAUGGAGUUUAAAAAAAAGCAGUAACACUAAACUCUGCAUGCUGUCAGGUUCACAGCUGGCUCCCUAUGCCCCACUGCACUCUGCAACCUUUUAAAACUGUCCAUUUGAAGCCCACCUCACCAUCUAAUACUAAGUGCUGUUAAAUGUCUGCAGGUCAGUUUUUCGAGGAAAAGCUUGCAUAUUGUACCUUCUGAAGCCGUCGUACUGGCCACACAAGCCGAGCUAAAUCUGAGUGAGGGACGUGACCGACUCCACUCCAGCCGCACUUCGAAGGCAGCUUACGAGUUCGCACUUCCUCCAGGUUGCUCUUUUUUCUGCUUUGUAAGUCGUUUCCGAGAGUCGGGCUGUUUAAUCUAGAGUUUCUAAGCUUUUUGACUUUGGUCCAGUUAAGUGUUAGAAAUGCUCCUCGUGCCCUGGCAGAGUGGUCUGUGUCUGUGCUCUCUCCACAUUUGGACUCAUCCUAACCAGCUUUAAAUGUGACCGUAGAUGCUGAGUGGUUCAUGUUUCAACGGUAGAACCAUCUUUGUACCUUUUUUGUUGAUUCGUUAGGUUUUCAGUUUUCCCUGAGAAAGAAUUAACGCCUGAGUUGAACAUUUGUAGAGAUGAGAGAAAUAUUAUAGCUGUGGGUUUAAAUGAGUGAAACUGAACUGAUGGCCAAAUGUUCAGACUUUGCCUUGUCAACUAAUGUAAGCAAUAUCAGCCGACGUUUCAUUGGUUCUUUAACUUAUCUUUUUUUUUUUUUUUAAGUGUGUGAACCUAUUUAAUGUUGCAGCUGGUCUUGAAACGUGGCACCGGUCAAUUUUAGGUUUGAAUGUAGUGUUUGUUUGUUUUGUUACAGAAUGAACUGUUUACUGAACUUAUUUAUGAGUGGGAACGUUACUUCGACACCAAGGCUAUAAGCUGGGAAAAUAGUUUUUGUUUUUUUGUUGUUUUUUUUAAUUGAACGCACCGAUUCUGCCUCCGUUUUGUGGAGUGUCUUGCACGCAGAAAUCGUCGAAUGCACUUAGUCUGCUGCCUCACUACCGGUUUUCAUUCGGACGCAAAUGAACGAUCUGCUGUUUUCUUAGUAGACUGAGUAUUAACUUCACUGCAGAAAAAAAACAAACAAACAAAAAAAAAAAACAACCUAUACAUAAACUGUCUUGUGAAAAUAUUCCUAUAUAAAUAUCUCACACAGGUCCUGUUUAGCUGUUUGGAGUGCUUACAAAAUGGUACACCUUUAAUCAGCCUUUCAGUGAUAAUGUAAUGUGAAUCUUAGUGAAACAUUAAACCCAACGCUGACACUACUCGUCUUGUUAUCAAGGAACCAUUAUUUGAGUUUUAUUCAUUGCUAUGUAAUGUUUAACAUUUGUAUCUAUGUAUAAAAACAAUACAGAUAU